AUGCCACCAAAACCAAGAGGAGGUGGAAGCACACGUGCUCGAGGCGGCGCAAGAGGAGGAUCGACUGCUGCAAGAGACACGGCUGCCGCGCGCGAAUCUGUGGAUGAUGCGACCCCGCAGAGCACCGCACCUGCAGCUGCUACAGGCGAUGCCGCGGAGCCCGUGGUGCCCAAGCAAGAGGACAACGAGUCGAAGCCGGCGGUUAGUGGAGAGAGUACUGUAGUGGCAGGCGAUUCGCACGCUUCGCCUUCAGCGGCCGUCGAAUCACCCCAACCGGGUGCAGAACCGAGUGCUCGCGCUCCCGUCCAGCGAUUAGGCAGCCUACAGGGCUCGGUCCCUCCUUCACGAUCCGCAUCGCCCUCGGUGCGCGGCCGCGGCGGUACAGCCCGAGGCAAGAGAGGCGUCAAGACACCAGCGUUCACAGGGCGAAGAAGUAAAGAAGAGCGAGAUGCCAUUGCAAAAGAACAGGCCGCUCGCGACCGCGAAAGGACCAAAGAGCAGGUUGCUGCAGACAAGAGAAGGGAGGCCGAUGCACUGCGGGCCGCCAGACGCGAGGCAAACAAGCAGAAGAAUGCGCGCGGUGGAUUCAGCGGAGUAGCCAGUGGGCCAUUUUCACUUGGCAGCUCGAGAGAAGGCAUGGCAGACAGUCCAGAUUGGCACAGGAAGAACAACCCGAAUCGUGGGUACGCGGGUUUCGGUGCAGGAUCAGGCUCUCGAGCUGAACGCAUCAAGAAUGAGGAUGGCGGCUACGGAGGUGCGAGUCGGUCAGGAGGCGGUGGUGGGGGAGGUGGGUCGUCGAUCAGAAGAGAAGAUGGCGGAUCAGUGUCGUCGGACGACGAGGACGACGUGAACCUGCCGCGCAAGGACAUUGACCUGAUCGAGAUCUCUUCUGACGAAGACGAAGGAAAAGGAAAAGGGCCGUCGACACAGCGUGCUUCACAGACAGCAUUGCCAGUUCGAAUCGGCAGGAAAGAACAUCAAGAGCGAACAUUUGGUAUCAACACAGAAGCCAGCUCAGAGGCGUCUGCCAAGAUACUCGAACAGGCGGAAUCGAGUGGACAGCCACUGGCGGCAGCCGCUUCGGAUCAGACUGCCCGAAAGGCAAAGGCAAAGUCAAAGGACGUGGAGAUUACUGGCUCUCGGAAGCAGUUCAAGGGCGUUUGGCAUGACUCGGAAGAUUCAGACGUUGCUGUCAAGACGGAACCCACUAGUGACGACGAGAACAUGGCUGAUGCCGAACGGGUUGGCUUGGCCGACGCUCCCGCUCAACGGGCAGAGAAGCAGGAGCCCCAAUCACCAGACGCCGAACGAAAGCCGAAGAUGAAGAAGAAGAAGCAGAGUAUCGCUGAACCGAUUCUCCAGACUGACGAAGACCGCGCAGAGUGGACACGCUUCCAGUCUAACCUACGCCAUAUUCGAGCCGAGCUGGGCCCAGACGAGGUGGCUCAGACUGACGGCUCAGGCGACGUACCCAUGGCAGAAGCAGGCCCUGCAGACAAGAAGCCGACGGUGCGGGACAACAAUGUAUACCUCUUCCAGAUACCACCGCUCAUGCCCGAAGUCGAGCCGCCGUUUGUCAAGAAGGAGGAAUCGGAUGCUCCGCCCGCCCCGCCGCCCGUGCAAGCCGCUGGCAAGGGAGAUGCAAAGAUCAAGCUCGAAGAAGGGGUGUUCUCGGAUGCUGCAGCUAAGACGAGGGAAGGCGUCCGGUUUGGAAGUGGAUUGGUUGGCAAGCUGCGUGUGCACGAAUCGGGCCGGACAACGUUGGACUGGGGCGGGACAAGCUAUGAGCUCACACCGGGCAACAAGGCCAGCUUCCUGCAGGAAGUUGCCAGUGUUGAAGUCAGGCCAGAGAAGCAGCGGGCGGCGCCUGAAGACGCGGGCGAUGCCAUUAGUCUGGGCAGGGUCAAGGGCAAGUUUGUGGUGGUGCCAAACUGGGCCGAGAUGCUGGACUGACGAGGUCUGAGACGAUGGAUGGGCUAUGGUCAGCAGCGCUGCAAAGACAAGAGGCAGCAGAUGGCGCGUAAGAGGGCUUGGUGCAUGUAUUGGCGCUUGGUGGAUCAGUGAGCUCAGGCAGCAAAAGUGGCACUGUGAGGUAUUGUACAAGACUAGGCGUAUACCGUCAUGGGCGGCGGGUGUCAGGAAGCCAGCGGCCUUGGAGCGCCGACUAGAGUCCUGACAGGCUCUUGAGUAAGCAGGGGAAUGAUGCCAUGUGGCAAGGCUGUUGACCCGUGUUGCAUCUUGACUUGUUGCGCUAGGGCAGUUUGGCGUGGUUGUGAUGCGAUAAGUACAUGGUGUAGGGACGGCUUGUGGAUCGCCACUGGGCGGGCGAGGCGAAGACUGAGGCGGAGGACAGAAAAAGAGACGUUGUAUCUGAUAGCCAGGCGUGGUGGGCUGCUUUUGGGAGAAGCACCGUGGCAGCGCUAGAU